AUUUUUUUUUUUUUGUUAUUUUCUGGUUGUUAUAACUGUCAUCAUCAUCAUCCAUAAUCGUUGAUUGGUAACCAAGACGAAAAAUAUUUCUUCUUCGUCUUCUUCGUUUACUUCGAAGUUGUUGUUGGCGCAUACAUAUAAAAAUACAUUCGUGACAAUUUUUUUUUUCAUUCAUUCAGUUGUUUUUUCUGGUAUCAUUAAUUCAGACGGUUGUUGGUGAUAUUUAUUUUUUCUUCCAAGUUUUUGUUUUGUUCAUUGGAAAAAAAGUUUCUAUUUUUAUUCAUAAAAAAUUCGAAAUACCAUGGCCCAAGUGGAAGUAAAAUAUACUCAGAUUUUCAUCAACAAUGAAUGGCACGAUUCGAUUAGUGGUAAAACAUUCGAAACAAUCAAUCCAUUUACUGAGGAAAAAUUGGCCAAUGUACAAGAGGGUGAUAAAGCCGAUAUAGAUCGUGCUGUUGCUGCGGCUGUUGAUGCAUUUCGUUUUGAUUCACCAUGGCGACAGAUGGAUGCAUCACAACGUGGUCAUCUGCUAUAUCGUCUUGCUGAUCUUAUUGAAAGAGAUCAAGAUUAUAUUGCUAGCCUGGAAAGUAUGGAUAAUGGUAAACCAAAAACAAUGGCAUUGUUCGAUGUUGAUUUGGCCAUCAAAGUUUUUCGUUAUUAUGCCGGUUAUGCUGAUAAAAUUCAUGGUAAAACCAUUCCAGCAGAUGGCAAAGUGUUCGCUUUUACACGAAUCGAACCUGUUGGUAUUUGUGGUCAAAUCGUUCCGUGGAAUUUUCCGUUUUUAAUGGCUAGUUGGAAAUUUGGACCAGCAUUGUGUGCCGGAAAUACCGUCGUAUUGAAACCAGCUGAACAGACACCGUUAAGCGCUCUAUAUUUGGCCAGUUUAACUAAAGAGGUUGGAUUUCCACCCGGUGUGGUCAAUGUUGUACCUGGUUUCGGUGAAACAGCCGGUGCAGCUUUAGUUGAUAAUCCAAAAGUCGAUAAAAUUGCCUUCACUGGUUCAACGGAAAUCGGUAAAUUAAUCAUGCGAAAUGGUUCACAUUCAAUGAAACGAAUCACACUGGAAUUGGGUGGUAAAUCACCAUUGGUAGUAACUGAAAAUGUUGAAGAUAUUGCACAGGCUGCACGUACAGCACAGGAUUCAUGUUUCCUGAAUAUGGGCCAAUGUUGUUGUGCCGGUACGACAUUUGUUCAUGAAUCAAUCUAUGAUGAAUUUGUUAAACAUUCAGUGGAAUAUUGUCAGUCACAUGUAUUUGGCAAUCCAUUCGAUUCAAAAACUGCAUUCGGUCCACAAGUGGAUAAAACCCAGAUUGAACGAAUACUUGAAAUGAUUGAAUCUGGUAAACAGGAAGGCCGUUGUGUUGCCGGUGGUAAUCGUAUGGAUAAACGUGGAUAUUUCGUUGAACCAACUGUUUUUGCCGAUGUUACCGAUGGGAUGCGAAUUGCACGCGAAGAAAUUUUUGGUCCAGUACAACAGAUUCUUAAAUAUAAAACACUGGAUGAAGUUAUUGAACGUUGUAAUGAUACAAAUUAUGGUCUAGGAUCGGCUAUACUCACCAAUGAUAUUAAUGAAGCAAUGAAAUUUUCACGUAGUAUUCGUGCUGGUUCCGUUUGGAUCAAUAUACCAUACAUGAUACCGGUUAGUGUACAAACACCAUUCGGUGGUUUCAAAGAAAGUGGUGUUGGCCGCGAACUUGGUGAAGAUGGUCUUCGUGGUUAUGGUGAAAUUAAAACUGUUGUCAUUAUGGAUCGUGAAAAGAAAAUGUAAAGAAAAACCGAAAAAAAAAUUUUUCUAUUUCAACAAACAGUUGAAAUAUAUCCAUUUUAUCCAGAAUAAAAAUUCGAAUUUAAAUUAGAA